AAUCAGAGACCCGGAAUGUCCGAGCACAUUUCGGUUCCCGCAUCACAGAUUUAUCUACUUUGAGUUCUCUUUCGCCGGUGCUCUUUCCGAAGCACGCACACCGGUCACUAGUAGCCAGGAUUAAAUUCGCGCCACGCGUCUUUCUCCGAAGUCAUUUGUGUGUAGGGCGGAGCAAAUCGGCCUGGUGCCAGAUUUUGUGCCUCACUAUCAAUUGUCCUCCGAGGAAGGUUUUUACGUGGGCGAUAAGUCCUCAUAGUUUCGCAACCCUCUCGCUUUCAUCUGUAUCAGGAGCGUGUGAAUUUACGAUGGCGUCAGCUAUGGACUUUCAAGCGCAAGGUGAGAAGACUAAUGGACAUGAUCAACCAGGGAAUCAGGAUUCUGCGGGCCAUCAGAAUCAGGGACAAGGUCCAAAUCAGCAGCAGCCCACGGCCGGUAUACCCGGUAAGGACGACGAGCGGAAACUCUUCGUCGGGGGAUUGUCUCGUAGCACCACCGACAAAGAGCUCCACGAGCACUUCAGUAAAUUCGGGGACAUCGAGAGUAUCUCCGUCAAGGUCGACCCUCACACCGGUGUUUCGCGCGGCUUCGCCUUUAUGGUGUUUGCCAAUCCCAAGACCAUCGACAAGCUGCUCGCGUCUGGCGAGCAUUAUAUUAAUAAGCGCAAGGUAGAUCCAAAGCGGGUCAGCAAAAAACCUCAACAUGGUAAAGUUUUUGUCGGUGGCCUUACACCAGAAAUCACGGAUGAUGAUAUCAAGAGUCACUUUGCACAAUACGGCACCAUUGUUGAGCUUCAAGCACCUUUUGACAAAGUCAAAAAUCAACGAAAGGGUUUCUGUUUUAUCACGUUUGACUCAAAGGACGUCGUGUAUAAGUUACUGAAAACUCCAAAACAAACAAUAAAUGGUAAGGAAGUAGAUGUAAAGAAAGUCAAGGUUAACCCAGAUCCAAGAAGUCAAGGUUUCUGGGCACCUGGCUAUGGUUAUGGAUAUGGUGGUGGUUAUUAUCUUCCGGAUUAUAAUGGCUACCAUGGUGGUUACGACGAUAUGUACACCAAUUAUGAUUAUGCCGGAUAUGACGGCUACGAUAACAUGGGUUAUGGACCCAAACCACGAGGAAAUGGUCCUGGACCUCGUCAAUUUCAGAGACAUCAACCAUAUUAAAUGGAACCAGGUAUAUUAAUCAACACUAAUCUUAUCAUUUCACACCGUCGCGUAACUUUAAGAAGGUCCUAGAUAGAAUACUACAAUAUAUAUCAAAAGGUCAUCCUGUAAGAAAAUAGCCCUUCAAGUUUCGUUUUCUCUGUGUAGAGAUCCCGUCUGAUAAUUUAAGAAUAACAUUGCAUAAAAAACAGUGACAGCAAUUGUGCUUAUCCUUAGCGACAACGCUAUUGUGUUUUCUAUUGAUUGUUGACUCUUUGAGUCUUACUUUAUUACUAUAUACAGGUCGAACUAUUCUUUCACUAGAUAUAGGAUGCAUUCCAUUUAGUAUUACAAAUACUUUAUUUGACUAAUUAACCAAGAAAUCUUGGUUUGGCUAAAUUCUUUUUUUGCUGAUUGAUUAAUUCAAAGUAUUUGUAAUAUCAAGUUGAGUGCAUUUGGAAUACAGAUUACAGUCAGACUGAAUUGGGGAAAAAGAGGAAGGAAAGGAAGGAAUGAAUGAAUGAAAAAGUUUGUAAAGUAAUAACUUUGGACUACUUGUACUCUUUAGAACUUUUCUAAUAUUUAAAAUGAGUUUCCAUGUAUAUU